GCAGAGCUGCUGAACUUUGCCUUUAAGUUUGCCGAGCGGGGUUUUAUCUCCCUGCGCUGGGAUCUUCCCCUUCAGAUGAGACCCGUGGCAGGAACAGCAGCCACAGCUGGCAUCCAGAGAGACCACUUAGCUUUCAACUCCAGACCAUUCCUCUUUUGUCUGUGGGGCUCACACAUUUCUGGGGGAUCUCUGGGGGAAGGGACGCAUGAACAGCAUGCGAGGAAUCUGGCUACCGAUGUUGGCUGUUUUAUGCCUUUGAACAAUCUGGAGUUCUUAUGUGUCAAGAUUUUUUGCCUGCCUGCAGUGAGAAAUUAGUUUUGCUUUGUUUUUGAGUUUUUUAUUUUAUUUUAAUUUUUUUUGCAUAGCAGCUGCCUUUGUCUUUGGAGAUCUUGAGUACAACCAGUUUUGUCCUGUUUGAAAGAAGAAAAGGCAAUGUCUUCCCAAGGGUUGGCGAAUGAGGACGCAUCCCUCAGUGGCAACUUUGCUUAUGAUGAUAACUGGUACAUGUACGGACCAAUCGGAGACCAAGAUGACAUGACCCCUGAAGUUAUCCCAGACUGCUUUCCUACCAUUCCUGAUGAUCUCUAUCACGCCUGCAUGGCUCCUAUAUCACUGGUCAUAUUGCUGAUUCUGUCUCUGCUGGUCAAACGGAAGAAGCUCUACAAAAGUUGUUGGAACGGCGCUCCUGGACUCUUGAGUCCUCUGCAUUUCCUGGAAGAAGAUGGGAAAAAGGGAUUGACUGUGGCCGUGUUUGGCAUUCUUUUCUCCUCAUUAUGUGUGUUGGUUCUGGAUAACAAUCCCCUGCCCUUUCUCUCCAACUCCUCUACGCAAUAUCGAGAGUACUACAAGAUCAUGGCUUUGCUCUAUUACCCUGCCUUCUACUAUCCCUUAAUUGCAUGUGCUACCGUUCAACACAGAGUGGGGUACCUCUUUGGUUGCUUGCUGUCCUGGUGCCAUUGCGUGGUCUAUCUCUGGCAGAAGGUGGAAUGCCCUCAGUCACCCAAGAUUUAUAGGUACUAUUCCCUGCUGUCUUAUCUCCCUAUUAUUCUGUGCCUCCUGGUUCUGAGUCUUUGGUACCCAGCGCAGCUUCUCAAGAGCUUCAGAGAGAAGGAAAAGGUGGUUGCUGAUGAGAUCCCUGGGAGUGACUAUUGCAAAGGCUACCUGAAGAAUAUUCUGGCUAAAAAAGCACCCAAGACAAGCAGCAACAUGGCCAAGCCAGGCCUACAGUCCAGGCUCCAGUCCUACUUGCGCUCUUACAUCUACACCCCUCAGGAAGGAUUCCAGAUCCCGCUGAAGCUGGUCCUCUCUCUAGCCAUGGCUCUGAUCAGUGUCUACCAGGUGGCCCUCCUGCUGCUUUCAGCAUUUGUCCCCAACAUCCAGAUAGUGAGGUCUGGAAUGACAAAGGAACUCACGGCCCUCUUUGUCCAGUUUGGUAUUGUCCCCUCUGAAAACCCAGCCGGUAUCCCUGGAGAUAAGGAGCUGGCCACAGCUAAGCACUACAUCUGGUCAGUAGAAGUGUGCUUUGUUAUUUCCUUGGUCAUCUCCUGUCUGCUGACUUUCUGCAUGUUGCUGAAGUCCCUGGUGAAACACAGGAUUAACCUCCAGCGUCUCUACCAAGGUGCCGUGCUGGAUGUUUUCUAUCGUUCCCGCAGACUCCGGCCUUCUCAACAGGCUCUCAUGUGUUGGAUGUGCUUUGCGGGCUUUCAGGCAGCAUUUGCCUGCCUGGGCCUGCUCAUUCAGCAAAUCAUCCUCUUCGUUUGCACAGUCGGGUUCACUUUUCUGGUAGUGAUCCCCCUGCAAUCUGGCAGCAACGUACAUCUCUUCAAGAUUGUGGAGAACAUGUGGCCCUUCUGGCUGACCUUGGUGGUGGCUGUGAUUGCACAGAACCUGCUGACGCACUACUGUUUUCUUGAGCAUGGCUGUGAACCCAAGGAGCUAACCAACAGGCGUGCUCUGUACAUCGUGACAUACUUGCUCUUCCCAAUCAACGUGCUAAUAGGGGUCUUGGCAGGAGUCUGGAGAUUGGUGGUGUCUGCGCUUUACAAUGUUGUCCACUUCUGCCGUCUGGACGUGAGCCUCCUGGGCCACGGCGUUGAGGUCUUCGAUCCAGGCUAUCGCACAUAUUGUUACUACUUAAAAAUUGAGGUCAGCCAGUCCCACCCGGUGAUGAAAGCCUUUUGUGUGUUGCUCCUCCAAACCCACAGUCCUUCAAGGCGAAAGGGACUCCAGCCACGUGAAGCAGAAGAAGGAGUCAAGCUCAUGAAGACCACGAUGCCAACAUCAAAAGCAUCCAAGUCAAAGCAGAAUCUUGCACGCUGGAGUCUGGCCUACACCCUCCUUAACAACCCCUCCCUUCUACCCUAUCGAAAGGGGGUCCUGUCAAACAAAACACCCAAUGGGAUGCAAGUUAGUCCGGCAAGACCUUGAUGGGAGACAGAUUGGGAUUUUGGUGAUGAAUGAACUCCAUCAAUGGGGAGAAGCUUUUGCUUCUUCAUCUCUCUGCCAUUCCUCCCCCUCCCCCUUUGUGGCCUGCUCUUCCAUGCACCUUUCUUGAGCUUCUCUUUGUAGUCUUACCUUAAGGCUAUGACCGACUUCCCUGAGGACUAUCGUCCACAAGGGCACAAGAUGAAGUGGACUAGCAAUGGCAGGGAGCAAAUCACUGAGUUAACCCAAAGAUAUUUUUCUUCUUCCUCCUCUGCUGCAAUUUUUCCCCCCAGCCAGUGCCUCAUCACAUGCAGGAGAUUUUCGGCAAUGCUGAUCUUUAGAGUUUGAGGACUUCUAGUUCUCCUGAUGUGAAAUGUAUUUGCUAAGGUUUGCUAGGUUGAUUUUGGGAGAUAAAAUAAAAGGUCACCACCAAUGCUUUACCAUUGUGCUGUGCCUUGGAAACCGAUGUCAAAAGCAGACCAGAGACUGGGACCACACCAAGCAAGACUUUCUGGAAGGAUCCAGAACUGUGGACAAUGGGCUUUGAGGUAGGAUUUGGAGACGGACAGGCUGUAGAGAGAAAAUUAAGUUCUCUGGACCAACUUUCCUUCAGGCAAUCUUUUGGUUUGCCUUUUAAAUUUCAGUCCAAUCCAUUCCAGGCUGCACGUUUAAUGACUCCAUUUCUUUAACAGGCUACAUAAUAAUAGUUUUGUGCCAUUGGGUAUAAAUUGGAUGGUCUGAAGGUUGAAACUUAUAAACAGAAAAAGAAAAAAAAUAUUUCAUUCUGUUGAUCAAUAAUAUCAACCUUGCCAGGAAUGUUAAAAGGGUCAUCACGUGGUUACUGUAGAGCUUGUAAAAGUGUCUUUUUGAGACUACAGAUCCUAGAAUUUUGGACCACUACUCUCAGAAUGGCUACCUGCCAUCCAGGGGGAUUCUAGGGGAUGUAGUCUAAAAGAGGAACUUUUCCCAGCUGUGUUCCAAAAAAA